CUCUGACUUGGUUGCAUGGGCGAAACAGUGUCAUGGACAGGCAAGAGAACAAGUAUUCCUUGAGAUCGGAGCAAGAAUUCAGAACUUUUGCCGGGGCAAAAGUAAUGACGUGCAGAAUCUUCGUGUGCAGAUUACUGGGUGGGAAAAAGGCUUUGAAAAUGCGCAAGAGGAAACGCGCAAACAUCAGGUACUGGGGGACGGGCUCAGGUCGGAUAUGCGGAAGAUGAAGCAAGACCAUGACCAGACAAUCACUAAGUUGAUUGGGGAGCACGAACUGCACAAUGAUAGACACGUCGGGGAAGUAGCCAGGAUCAAACGCGACCACGGAAAAGAUCUCGCUCGUCUAAAUGGAAACAUAGGGAGCCUGGACAAAAGAUAUGAGGGGGAUAUCAAACGCCUCUCGAUUGAACACAACAGUGAAAUUGCGCGCCUUGAAGAAGAGCAUGGAGAAGCAGAAACCCAAGCCCGAAGAUAUUAUGAUGAAGAAAAGGCUCGUCUUGAAAAGACCAUCAACGGACUGAGAGUGGAGCUAGACCGGCACAAGGAGGAGUCCCGGAACACAGCGACAAAGCUUCAAGCAAGCCAUGCUUCUGAGCUCCAGCUCCAGGCUAAGGACCACCAGAUCAAGGAAGAGGAAAUGGAGAGUGAACUUGGCGAAACAAAACGAAAGCAUGAACAGGCAAUGCGGAGCUUGGAGUAUGAACACGGGUUAUUGCUUCAGAAGGAGAUAGGUAUCCAUUCAUCUAUGAUAGAGACUAUGAAACAGGACCAUGAGAAGGAGAGGUCGAAAUGGGCCAGAGAUCUCGCAAAGGAGAAAGAAAAUCGCACUACCGAAAGACUCCAACUCACUACCGAGUACAACCAACAACAGAGCUUGAUGGAGCAGGACUACGCAAAUGAGACAAGGCUGAUUCGUGAAGCCAGUGACAAGAAAGUUGCCGGAUUGAGGGACGAUCUUGAGUCUCAACAAGCACAGUUCACUCGUAAGGUUGAAGAGAUCAAGGAGGGAUGUAAGUUUCAACUUGGAAAACUGAUCUCCAAACUUGACAGAAUCGAGGCCAGGCAUGUUGCGGAGCUCCGUGAGCUUAGAGGUAGUUUCGAACACGAAAUCGAAGCAUACUGCGAGGCUCUUUUGACUCGAGACAAAUUCACACCCAUUCCCGACCCAGAGAUUACUUCCCGGUUCGUAGCUCUGACGCAAGAGGUUCAUGCCCUGUCCCUACUCGAAUGGAAAGCAGAUCGGAAAAAGUGGUCAACUCAGGUGCUGCAUCAACUUUCGGACAACGAGAGAAGUUUGAAACAACAAAUCCUUAAAGAUAUUAUCUGGCGGGCCUUGCAGGAGUACAUCUUCUGCAGCCCAUUCAGAAUCUUAGGAGAAGAAGGGAAAGUCUUGGAAAAGCAAUGGAACGAUGCAUGUGGACAAGAUCCUCGAUUUGACAAUGGGUUUUAUAUCUGGCCUGAGCCGGGGAUGGAGGCCGAAAGAUGGAGGUAUGUGAAUAUUAAAGAAUGCCAUGCUGCCCUGAGGAUGCGCGUCGCAUCGGAAUUGGAUCACCGAGCGAAACUCAAGAAGAGCUUUAAAUUUUCCCUUGAAAAUCUGAGAGAAAGCAUGUGGAGAAAGAUUGGCGAAGUUGUCGAGUACAAAAGAGAAAGUGUUCAGGCAAUGGAGCAAAUGACAAUCAAGGCAGUGAACAUGUGGUUGGAGUUUGGGGAGCAAAGAUGCAGGAUCUUGGCAAUCGAAAAUCGACCAAAUGGUGAAGUUGUUGAUGAUAGGGUCAAUAAGAAAGUAGACCUUCUGGUACGACCACAACUGAAGAGAUACGGAAAGUCCAAUGGGCAGGAUCUUGAUAUCGAAGAAAUUAUCAAAGGCUGUGAAGGGGAAAGCAUUAAUCUGAGCGAAGUGUAGAACGGAAGGAGAAAAGGCGAAACCGGACGAGGCGCGCAAGUCCCAAACGAUAGUGGCGGCAAUGAAGCCAACGAAGAAGCCGAGGGCAAGCAUGCCUAAUAGUUUAU